AUGGCGGCCCCAACGCAACCUUCGCCCACAUCGCUCUUAUGGGAGCAUCAGCUGAAGCGGGAGAACGCUCACCUGCUCAGUCGCAUCAGAGAGCUCGAGGAAGCCUACAGGGAGAGCGAGACUCGUCGAAAGGAGUUCGAGCAGGAUGCUCAAAUGCGAUCAUCCGAGGCUGUCGCCAAGCUAGCUCAGCAGGUAGAUGCAUUAACUGAGGACGAUGUCAAGGGGCAGGUGGCAAAAAUUCAAAGCGAGGUUAAUCGCAAGCUUGACGAAGUCCAGGGCGAGACUGAAGCGGUGACGCUCAAACUCGCCAGUCUAGAGAAGGCUGACAGUGCGGCGGAGGAGGAACGAAGCAAGGCACUCGCUAAGGAGAAGGCGUGGCUUAAACGCAUCGCCGACGUGGAGCAAAGCCUCAAGCAGUAUCACGAUAGUCUCAAUGCGCUAGGGCGAAGGGUUGACCAAGCUUCCGUCGACGGCAUCAAAGCUCAGCUUGCCGUUCUGGUGGAGCAGGUCGACCAGAAGCGACACGACAUCACGACGGUAGAGGAAGGCCUUUCCAUGCUUGACGCCGCGCAUGGAGAGCUUAGGACCGCUAACGAGAAGCUGGCCGAAGAGAUUGGGGCACUGGCAAAAAAGUCCGCUGUCAUGCAACCAAUCACUGACGAGGUUGAGCCGCAUACUGGACGUGGCCACAGACGGAAGCGUCCGGUACCUCGAGAGUCUGUAGACUACGAUGAGGAGCCAGGUCAACCACCUAAGAAGAUGAAGAAGUCCCACAAAUGGGCCGGCGGUGGGGCUGACAGAGAUAUCAUCGCCCAAGGGCUGGCAACUGACUCGCCGGAGCGUACGAAGGCUACACAGCACACUGCGCCGCGGAAGCAAGCUCCACCGCCGGCGGCAAAGAAACCGCGUAUGGAGAAGCAGCCUCCACCAAAAGCUGCAGCAAAACCGCAACCUCAGAGACCACGAACGCCAGCGCCAGCGCCUGCACCAAAGAAAGCUGCACCUAAGAAAGCCAUACCGCCCUCGAAACCUCCGGCGCAGAAGCACGUCGCACAGCCCAUCAAGAAGGAAUCAGCGGACAUGCAACGCUACUUCGACGGCCAAACCAACAAGCCCAUCAUUCGUUCCGGGAAAGGCUGGGUUGAGUACGCAGAGACGACUAGUAGUCAAGGCGAGCUCGACAGCCCACCCAAGCAAGACAACGACAGCAGCAACAUCAAGCGCAAGCCCGGCCGACCGCGCAAAUCGUACCCUUCGCGCGAGGAGCUGGAUUUGGUGGAAGCGGCGGAGCGCAUGACACGGGGCGGGAGAAUGCAGCAGGCUCCAGCUGGCGGAGCAGGUGAGGGUACGAGUGGAGCCCGAGGCCGUGCCAGCGGUGGAGCAGGUAAUUUCGACUCUCUUUUGUCGUCUCCGGAGCCGUUCGUUCGAGGGACGCCGCAGCGCAAGAGUACGAAAGACGCACUGCUUGGCGCUUUCGUGACGUCGCAAAACAGUGCGAACGAGCGACAACCUCUGCCACGGUCAGGGCCACAGCAGCCGCAGCGGCGGGUUAUUAAGCAAGACGAUUCCGACUAA